GAAUUAAAAAAAUUUGUUGGCAAGGGAAAAAUGACAAAACCACGUUGUGGCGAUGAGGGAAACGAAAAGAUACUGCCAAAGAAAACGCGUACACAGUGGACACCUGACAUGACCAAGGCAUUGAUAAAUUGUUAUUCGUCACUAAAAGAGACAUGCAAGUUAAAAGGGGAGAAGUUUUGGUCGCUUCUUUCAAAAGUAAUGGUAGAAAAGGGACAUGAUGUGAGUGCGCAUCUAUGUGAAUCAAAAUGGGAUUCGUUAUGUAGAACCUACAAAAACACCAUUGAUCGGAGUAAACAAACCGGAACAAGUCCGUCAAAGGAGUCAAAGUCGACUUCCUUCAAGGAAAUGCAUAAAUUUAUGUACAAAAGGCCCGAAAUAAAUCCGCCGGCAGUGGCUUCGAGUCUGGCAGGAUACAAACGAAAAGUUUCUUCCAUAAUUGAUGUUAAUGGUAAUGAAAUCGAAAUUUCUCCAAAAAGAUUAAAGCGCGCAAAGGCAAAGAAGCCGGAUGCAGAAUGUUCGAUGACAGAAAUGAACGAUGAUGCCAAUUUUCGUCACAAAGAAAAUUUGGAGCGAAAAGACGCACUAUUGGACAUAAUGAAAGAUGUCCGCGACUCGUUAAUUAAGAGACGAUAAGUCGACUUAUUUUUGUUCUCCUUUUACAGCGUUAGAAAUGAAACUUAACCGCUGAUAUUUCAUAGACGUUUUGAUAUUUUUUUAAAAAGAAUUUAUUGUGCUUGAAUUUAACCGAUUUCAAGUUAUUUUUCAAAGAAUUGAUAUUUUCACGUCUUUCUAGUUUAAAAUUGAUCAGUUUCGGAACAAAUAAAGUAAAUAACUUAAAUUUGAAGUGAAAAAUGAAAAACGAUGAUUGUUUUGUUACAUUUUGAAACCGUUCUCUUCUUGUUGUUUUCAGUUUUAGUUGCGCACAAAAAUUUAUGUACGCAUAAUGAGUAUUUUUCUUCUCCGUACUCGAUUAUUCCUGUGACGAAAAAGUUACUGUUAACUUUAUGGAAAUUUUUCUUAAUGAGUAUUAUUAGAGUAAUUACUAUCUUAACUAUAGAAGAGCUACCAUAAAAUUCACUCUUCUGAUUGUGAUAUAAAAAAAUGUGUUCCAAUCAAUACCAGACGUACAAUACCGUACCAUAAUCGAGUACGGAGCAAAAUUAAUAAUAUCCUGACUCAGCAUCAGACUCAAAUUUUCAAAAGUAGUCCUAUUCAUUCUAAAAUGUUUGCGAAAAGCUGCAAAUAAUUACCAAUUGUCAUUAAAUCGUAAUUAAAACUAAUAAUUCUUCAAAAUUGUAAUUAUUUGAAAAUUUAUCAAUCACAUGCCUUUGAAAAGAACACUGUCCACUUUGGGAUCCUCGUGUAUGUACAUUUUGAUGAAACCCAUCUAGAAAUGUUGCGGGUCAAUAUUGUUGAUGGGUCCCAUUUCUGUACACGAUGGACCCAGAAUUCCAUACCUAUACAGUGUUCUCAUCAAUUGUACAUUCAAAAAUUUGAAGUAAAAUUUCUCAAACACUCGAUUUUUUUAGGCUUUUGGAUAAAAAUGUUAAAAUCGUCGAUUGAUUAACAACUUAUUGUUGCAAAUUUUUAAUUCUUAAUCAUUAAUUCAGUUUUAAUUAUAAUGACAAAAAUUUCAAUUGUAACUCUUUAAAAAUGGAAUUAAUCUAAAAAAUUUUAAUGAAAACUCUUUAAAAAUUUAAUCAUUCACAGAAGAUGUUUAAUUAAUUAUUAAGUAAUUCAUACGAUUAAAUAUAUUCUAAAAUUUUUAUAUAA